GCUAAUGAAGUCAGAAGAAAAUUAAAUAGAUUAGCUGGAGAAGAUUCAUAUAAUUCUCAAAAUCAAUUCCUUAGUGCUUCAAAUAUUCAAGCUAAUCCUUUAAUUUUGCACCAAUAUCCUUCUAAUAUAUCAGAAGAAUUC